UCCGUUUUCCCAUCAUGCAGUUUUGAAAAACAUGGUAGCCGAAAGCUUCCAUAACAUUGAUGUCACCGUCAGCGCACUUUGUAGUGGAUGUAUAAGUGAUUAUCGGUGUUAAAGAGGAAACUGCACAAUGCCGAAGUACUACGAGGAUAAAGAGGAAGACCACAGAGCCUGCUCCGGUAUCAGAGAGGACUUCAAGGCGUGUCUCAUGCAGCACGACUGCGUGGUGAAGGAAGGGAAGAUGCCCAGUGAGUGUCUGAAGGAAGGCCACUGCAAAGCCCUGCAAACAUCCUUCUUUGAGUGCAAGAGGUCUAUGCUGGACACAAGGUCGAGAUUCAGAGGAAGGAAAGGAUACUAAGGAACGCCGAUGCUGCCAUAUGGUUGAGCGAAUACCGGAUGAGCAACUGUAAAUACUGCAAUAUAAGCAAAGGACUACCAGAUAUUAAAGAACAAUGCACACUGACGCACAAAAGGACUACCAACUCAUCAUCAACGGGCAGUGCGGAAAAAUUCGGGAGCGGUCACUGGAUGAAUUAGUGUGCGGUGUGUGUGUGUGUGUUUUGCAAUGAGAAACUUGAUGUAAUGAAAUAAAUAAUGAAUAAAAUGAUGAAAAGAAAGA